UACUUAAGCACUUGACACAGCACUGCAGUUCUCUCAUGAGUAACAGAGCUGCAAUCAUGUCUGAUAAACCGGUGCUUUACUACUUCGAUGGAAGGGGGAAAAUGGAGUCUAUCCGCUGGGCACUUGCUGCAGUUGGUGUCGAGUUUGAAGAGAAGCUAUUUGAUACAAAGGAGGAGUAUGAGAAAUUGCUAAAGAGUGGAGAUUUGCUGUUUCAGCAAGUUCCAAUGGUGGAAAUGGAUGGCUUGAAACUAGUACAAUCAAAAGCCAUCCUGAGCUACAUAGCUGGAAAAUACAACAUAUACGGAAAGGACCUAAAAGAAAGAUUAUUCAUUGAUAUGUAUACCGAGGGGGCAACAGACCUAAUGGGAUUGGUUAUACCAUCAUUCUUUAUGGCUGAACCUGAACAGAAUAAACAACUGGACCGUGUUAAACAAAGAGCUUUGAACAGAUAUUUUCCAGUUUAUGAAAAGGCUUUGGAAAACCAGGAAUAUUUAGUUGGAAAACAAUUUAGUAUAGCAGAUGUGCAGCUCCUGGAAGUCAUUUUAGCAGUGGAAGAACUACAUCCUACUAUCCUGCAAAACUUUCCUAAUUUACAGGCUUUCAAAGCAAGAAUAUCUUCAGUCCCAACGAUUGAGAAGUUUUUGUCCCCAGGAAGCAAAAGAAAGCCUAUUGCUGAUGCAACAUAUGUAAACACUGUAACCAAAAUUCUUUUCAGCUGGCCUGUAACCAUGUGUGACAAAAUAGUGCUUCACUACUUCAAUGGAAGGGGUAGAGCGGAGUCUAUCCGCUGGCUGCUUGCUACAGCUGGUGUCAAGUUUGAAGAGCAUUUUCUUGAUACAAAGGAGCAAUAUGACCAGUUGCUUAAAAAUGGAGAUUUGAUGUUUCAGCAAGUUCCAAUGUUGGAAAUUGAUGGCAUUAAAUUAAUAUCAACUAAAGCCAUCCAGAACUACAUAGUUCGAAAAUACAACUUGUAUGGAAAGGACCUAAAAGAAAAAGCAUUCAUUGACAUGUAUGUUGAUGGAAUCAGCGACCUAUCGACACUGAUGCUAUCAAUGCCCUUCCAAAAAGAAGAGGAAAAGCAGAAGCAAAGAGAUCUUAUCAAACAAAGAGCUUUGAAUCGAUAUUUUCCAGUUUUUGAAAAAGCUUUGGCAAAUAAGAAAUAUUUAGUUGGCGACGAGUUAAGUUUUGCAGAUGUGGGUCUUGUGGAAGCCAUUUUAGCAGUGGAAGAGGUACAUCCUAAUAUCCUGCAAGACUUUUCGAAUUUACAGGCUUUCAAAGCAAGAAUGAUUGCAAUACCAACAAUUAAGAAGUUCCUGGAGCCAGGGAGUCAAAAAAAGCCUAUUGCUGAUGAAACAUAUGUAAACACUGUAAAGAAAGUUUUGUCCUUGUGA